GUUCAAUGGUCCGUCGGUCGUAAUCAUCGAGCGUAGUAUGGGCUUUCUGAACACGGACGACAUAUCUAUGAUCAUGACCGCCACUUUUAUGAAACUGGUCGGAUUAUGGACGGCGAAGGACAGGCACGAGCAACGGGCAAGGAAAUUUGCCCUGAUCUACACGCUGGCGACGAUACUCUUCGCCCUGUGGAUAGAGUUCACGGAUUUCUAUUACUCUUUCGGCGAUUUUAGCACGUGUCUUUUCAACGUAUGCAACAUCAUGUACAUAACAAUGCCCCUGUUGAAGAUAUUCAUAAUAGUUUCGAAUAAGAAGGAUUUUUUCUACUUAAUAUUCUACACGCAAAACAAUUUCUACAAGGACAAUUACAACAACAAGCGGGAGCAGCAAAUCUUCACGAAUUGUCGACGCCAAUGCACCAUUUUUGUUUGCUUCCUUACAUUUUCCACGAAAGGGACUCUCGUUUGUUACAUCAUCAGUCCGCUCGUUGAAAAUAUCGGGAAAAAUGAAUCGGAAAGGGUACUCCCAUUCAAUAUGUGGGUCAAUUUACCGCUAUCGACGUCGCCAUAUUACGAAAUAGUGUUCACGAUACAGGCUCUGUCCCUGUAUCACGUUGGGAUUGGUUAUUUCUGUUUCGACAACUUGCUGUGCGUUUUCAACUUGCAACUGGCUGGCCAAUUUCAAAUAUUGCAAUACAAAAUGGCCAACAUAGCGGAUUUGAUAGAGGAGAAAAAUGAGAAAGGAAUUGUAAGCUCGCCCCGCUUUGCCAAGAAAUGUUACGCGGCUUUCAAGAAUUACGUUCGCGAGCAUCAGGCGCUCAUAGCGUUCUGCGAGAAACUCGAAAAAGUGUUCAGUUUGAUCAUCCUUUGGCAAGUGUUGAUGUUCAGUCUGAUAAUAUGCCUCGAUGGCUACCAAAUACUUUUGCCAGAGUCGCCUGUCAGGAGACGGUUGAUUUUCGCCUUCCAUUUGGCAGCGUGCAUGUGCCAAUUGCUGAUGUUCACCUACAGCUGCGACUGCAUCAUACAAGAGAGCUCGAGCAUAGCUUCGGCGGUGUACGACGGGCCUUGGCCAUUUCUGUUCGAGACCACGAGCGGUCGAACAAUGCGCAAAGACUUGACACUCGUCAUUCUGAGGUCGGCUGUGCCUUGUUGCUUAACGGCCCGGGGAUUCUUCGUCGUGUCUCUGGAAACGUACACCAGGGUUUUAAGUACUGCAGUAUCAUAUUUCACGUUAUUGAGACAAAGUACAUUAGAAAUUGUUUAAUAGAAGGUUGAAAUCGUCGUGUAACUAUGAUCAAUAAAAAAAAAUUGUGAUUCUAUCUUGAGGAUAAGAAAUUCUGUAUUUGUGGCACGAUGAAGCAAACGAUAAUUUGAAUCUUCGAUAUUUACGAACAUUUCUGUGAAAAAUUUUUUGAAACUAUUGUAUCGUGAAAUUUGGAUUUAAAUUUUGAAUUUUCAAUCCCUUAUUUAUUAUAUUUAUUUUUAACAAAAAUAAGAAAAACAAUUGUACGACGAAAAAUAUAUACCAGCUAAAUGGACAAUUAUCGAUAUUUGAAAAUUUGGUGGACCUUUUUCAUUUCUUUUUUCGUAAAAUCCAAACGACGUUUAACAUCUGAUCAUAUAUACUUCACGAACAAACGAAAUAUUA